AUGUCCGAAUACGCCGCCCCGCUCCUCUGGUCCUUCCUCCCCGCCCAACUCACCGCCGCCCUCCUUCCAACUCUGUGUGGCCUGGCGCCCGGCCUCUUACCCCCUUCACCCCCAGGAACGCCAGGCUACGCGCGCAACUUUCGGCGCGUAAUCACCGCCCUCGUCCUAGGAUGGUUGGCGUACGCGUUCAUCACUGAUCGACCGGACGAAAAGGGCGGCGACUGGUACGACCUCCUCGGGGUUCCUGUCCGCGUUGGCGAGGAUGGGCUCAAGAAGGCGUUUCGGGGUCUCUCGCGCAAGUUGCAUCCCGACAAGGUCGGGCCUAACCCACCGCCAGAAGUCGAGGCGCGCUUUGUCGCCAUCCGCGCAGCAUACGAGGCCCUCUCGGACCCCGUUCGGCGGUUCGCAUACGACCGCUUUGGUCCCGACAUUGCAGGAUGGCAGGGCACCAAAACCGUCCGCGACUACAUGAUGGCUGGAGUGCAGCGUGCUGCGGGCUUCUACGUCGUGACUGUCGGCCUCCUCCUUGCCCUCGGACUGUUAGGCCGCGCACGCGAAGGCGCGUACUGGCGCCUCGUACUGGUCGGCGUUCUCCUCGCUGCCGAGGUGUCUCUAGUUCUCGCCCCGACCCCUGGUGCCGAUGCCCCACUCACCGCUCUCCCCAUCCUCUCUCAUCUCCCUUCCUAUCUCUCAACGCCACUCGCGAGGGUCCUCCCCCGCCGACUCCUCGAUCGGCCAGCGUACCAGUACAUCGCCCUUCUCCGUCGUCUUACUGCCGACGCUGGGGUGGCCAUCUCCCAACUCGCAGACGUGUGGGCCGACAAGCCAGUCGACGAUCAGGCAGCCCUUAAACUCGCCGUACAACUCAACCAGACCGCCCUAUCUACUCUCGCAGAGGAGAUUGGGCCUGUGUUGGAAGCAAGCAACGACCGCACGGGUGCGGAGAAGAACCUCAUCCAGCGCAUCGAGGAUGUCGUCCUCGACCGUGGUCUCGCGGCCCAUCCACUCGUUGGGCCGGCGUAUACUGCUGCCCUGGAUCGCGAACUCAAGGGCCGUGGGAUGCCGCUGUCUAGCACCGGUGGCGAUUGCGGAGAGGACCACCAUAAUCAUGACCAAGAGGGCGAGAACAGCGACGAGCGGCCCGAUACGUCUGGCACGCGAGCCCGCGCUGAGCUUGGCCACACAACCGCCGACAGCAUCACGCCCGCCGACCUCGUCGCAUUAGGCAAGGCCAUGCCCCUUCCCCCAAGCCCGCCAACUACGCCUGCUCCCGAGAGUCUGGGACAGGUGGUGGCCGGUGACAAAGUCAAGGCGGACACAGCCAAGGCCAAGGCCAAGCGGCAAGUAAAGGAGGUAGAAGUCAAGGUGGAGGAGGUUGAGACACCCAAGCCUCUGCGGCGGAGUGCGCGGUUGUCCCGUUCCCCCGGGAUUGAGAGGGAGUAG